GGGGCUUCCCUCCGGCUCCCGCGUUUCUUUUACUUCCUUCCUGGGGGCAGGGACAGUCGGGACCUGUGUACCCCAGAGCAUCGAUUGAGGCUUGCAAUUAGACUCCUACAAGAAAGUUCCUUAGCUUUCACCAGAAAUCUGAGAGUGGGACGGGGAGGAUUUGACCUCUCUUCCUUUCUGAGUUUGUUGUCCCCUAACAGAGACGCCCCAGGUAGCGGGAUGUCCUGGCCUGGUCUUCUCCGUGGUCUCCACACGUCCCUAACUCAUGGCCUGGUCCUGGUUCCCCGGUUCUGGGUCACACGCUGCAUGGCUACCCUGAACCAGAUGCACCGUCUGGGGCCCCCUAAGAGGCCACCUCAGCGACUUGGCCCCACAGAGGGACGGCCACAGGUGAAAGGUGUGGUUUUGCGCACUUUCAUCCGCAAGCCCAAGAAACCCAAUUCAGCCAACCGCAAGUGCUGUCGAGUCCGACUCAGCACUGGCCAAGAGGCUGUCUGCUUCAUCCCCGGGGAGGGCCACACCCUGCAGGAACACCAGGUGGUCCUGGUGGAAGGUGGCCGCACCCAGGACCUGCCGGGAGUCAAGCUCAAAGUGGUGCGGGGCAAGUACGACUGUGGCCAUGUGCAGAAGAAGAAGUAAUGCGGGCAACGUGUUGGUUUGCGUGACCAAUCUUACUCAUGGGUUCAUACUCCAUUGGUGAUUCAUUAUCAGGACUGGCAUUAGCCUGCUGAGACUCUGGGGGUGAAUUGGAAAAGAAGCCCCCACUUCCAACAGCCACAGCUUCUGUGUUGAGGGCAUGGACAAUUUCUUUUUCUGCGACAGGCCACUGUUCUGCCAGCAUCUGAGCCCAGGGUCUAAUAAACAUGUCACCAGAACUGUCAA